CCACUUCCUGCUUGGAGUACCAAUUUUGAGACAACGAUGUUUUCUCCUCUAAUAAAGAAAUGUUUCCAGAUUUAAUUUAUGGUACUCAUUAAACAUGAAAAUCCCCAAAGGAUGGAUGAUGUAGCGCAGCUUGAAUCAAUCAACAGAUUAGCAGGGAACGGUUUUAUUUACAUCUUGAAAAGUACAAAAAAAAAUCAUUUCCCAUGAUCCAAUGCAUGCCCAAAGGGGUACGACGUCUCGAGGAUUUUUGACACAAGAAAAUAAGAUAGGCUGCUUCCGCGCGCGAUUUAUAAUGGUUUGCUCACUUUGCGAAAUCUCUUGAGUGUAGCUAACGUUUCACAGUUAUAAUGACUUGAAUGUCAAUGCAUUUAACCUAGCUGGUCCUAUCAUCUCUGAAGAUAAGACUGGGCCAUGCGCAGCUGGAGGUGGCAGUUCUCCAGGAUGAUGCGCCUUUGCCUGCGCUGGUGCCGGCUGUGUCCUAAGCGAGGGGUGCGUCCCAGCAAACCCCGGAGGAAGCUAGGAGAGCUGUGGAGCUACUGGAAGCUGCUGCUCAGCUCCCUCUACUUCAACAGCCUCACCAACUCUGACACCUACCUGGACUGUGUCUUUGAACCCAUCUACUGGAUUGUGGACAAUGUGACUCGCUGGUUUGGGGUGUUUUUUCGCCUUUCACGCUCCCUCAUGAAUUGUUCCCUCUGUCCGUGUCCUCCUCUCCUCUGUUCCCAGGUAUUUGUGUGCCUGGUGAUUGCCCUCACCAGCUCUGUGGUGGUCAUUGUCUACCUGUGCCUGUUGCCUGUUAUCCUCAACACCUACCCACUGCAGUGGAUCAUCUGGCACCUCACCUAUGGCCACUGGGUCCUCAUGAUGGUCCUCUUCCACUACUACAAGGCCACCACCACCUCCCCUGGACACCCACCACAGGUUAAAAGUGAUAUACCGUCAGUGACCAUCUGUAAGAAAUGCAUCGUCCCCAAACCAGCCAGGACUCACCACUGCAGCAUCUGCAAUGCGUGUAUUCUGAAGAUGGAUCACCACUGUCCUUGGCUCAACAACUGUGUGGGCCACUUCAACCACCGCUACUUUUUCUCCUUCUGCCUGUACAUGACCAUGGGCUGCAUGUACUGCAGCGUCAGCUGCAAAGUCAUGUUCAUAGAGGCCUACAACGCUGUCGAGAGCUACUAUCAGACCCCACCAGCACUGUUUUCCAUCAGGGAAAAGUUGGUCCACAAUGGUGUCAUUUUCCUUUGGGUGCUGACAAGUUCGGUGGCAGUUGCUCUGGGAGGUCUGACACUGUGGCAUGCUAUCCUCAUCACUCGAGGAGAGACCAGUGUGGAGAGACACAUCAACAAGAAAGAAAUCAGACGUUUAAAGGAGAAAGGAAAGGUGUUCCGAAAUCCAUACCACUAUGGGAAAAUAAACCAUUGGAAAGUUUUGUUUGGCGUGGAGGAGACAAGUCACUGGUUGACCAGAGUCCUCCUGCCGUCUAGCCAUGUUCCCCAUGAAGAUGGACUGAUAUGGGAAUGCCCUCGGGCUCUCACCAGAGGAGACCCGAUGACCAUCUAACCUCACUGCUGCUGGACAGUUCCUCAUCUCCACUUUAUGGGCCAUAAUCACUGCUAUGGCCCCUGGAUGGUGGGGUAGACAGAAGACUUCUUUUAGCCUCUGAGGAGUGGACUAUUUGGUGUUGAUUGUGGCCCAUGAGUCCAGGGACCUUAAUCAGACCUCCAGUCACUCUCAUGUGAAGUGAACUGAUGGUCCUGUCUUUAAUUGUCUCCUUGUCUUGUGAACUGACUGUUUUUGUACUGUUAGGUAUGUUGUCCAACGUUGAUGUGAAGUGUGUGCUUUUUAAUUGUACUGAAGUCACAGAAGAAGCAGUUUGGACUUUUUCAGUGCCAAAGAACAGCUUUCCACCAAAGGCUAUGUUCGAGCUAGAUAACCACAUGCCUUGGCCAUUGUCCAACUAUGGGUGAGUACUCUGGAGACUCCAGUUAGAUUAUGGUGCUCAUGUUACUGAGCAGUGCCCCUGUCAAUAUUAGGAAUUGUCAUAAGAUUGCUAUGUUAAAUCUUUAACCUGGUUUCUAUUUGUUAAUUAUCAGGCACUAAUGCAAAGUACAGUUUAAUGUAUUUUCUACUAUUAUCCAAUCUCUCCCACAUUGAUUUCCCCACUAAAAAGCGGCGUGUACACUACACGAUUUUGGUCCUGAUAGCAGUCCCGGUCAAGUUUUUGAGAUCGGUAUUUUCAAACAUGGGUUUUACUUUAUCGGCAUAAAAUCAGCAAUGAUCUUGUAGUGUGAGAUGUGCAACAAGUUUUUAGAAUGGUGAUAAGCAAUAGCCAAUGAGAGCUCGCCAGUGAGAUGACGUUUCGCAUCACACAGAAUGUGUAGGUGCUCGAGCCGGAGCCAUGAAUACUAUUAGUACGCAUUUGUACUUCCCUUUAACCAAAGCGUCAAGUCGUUACAGCUCUGAAGUUCACAAGCAAUGUUAUUGAAAUCAAAAUGUUGUCUAGAUAUUUAAACUCUGUAUGGCAAGCGUGAAAGUCUUAAAUAAAAGGAGAGCCGCACACUCUAGGAGCUCAGAUGCAAAACUAUUUAUGUCCAACGUUUCGACAGACAAGCCGUAUUCAUCAGGGUAUAAUGACAAACACUGCGAGAUGAUUCAUUUUAUAUAGUGUCAAAAGACACACAGGUGUCUUAUCAUGGACAGUUGUGGCCUGAUAUCAAUGGUUAAUUCUAUUAAAAUAGCAUACAAAUACAAUUUGGCUACAGCGUGAAAGUCUGACUGAAAACGUUUGAGGCUGUUGAGACCGCUCGUUGUAGCUACAUUAAAUCUAAUAGCGUGGUAUCUAGAAUCCUCACAAGUGAAUUAUCUUGUAGUGUUUGACCCCUGUCUGUGCCACAUCGUUUAGUGCGCACCACUACAUUGGCAAGACAACUACAGGAAUGUGGUUGUUUAACUUCUACGGAAUCACCCCCCCCCCAGGUCAUGGUUGCGCUAACGUGAUGAGCAUGACGUAAGUAGCAUGAACAUAGACAUAUCUGAUAUGGGCAGAAAGCUUAAAUUCUUGUUAAUCUAACUGCAAUGUCCAAUUUACAGUAGCUAUUAGUGAAAGAAUACCAUGCUAUUGUUGAGGAGAGUACACAGUUAGGUACUUAAAUGUAUCAAUUAAGCACAUGUUGAACAGUAAUGCAAUGGUUCAUUGGAUCAGUCUAAAACUUUGCAGAGACUGUUGCCAUCUAGUGGCAAAUCUAAAUUGCACCUAAACUGGAAUAAUACAUUGUGGUCUUUCUCUUGCAUUUCAAAGAUUAAAAAAAAACGUUUCUUUGUGUUAUAGAUCUAAUGUGUUAUUCUCCUACAUUAAUUUCAAAGUCUUUCCUUUUAAAUGGUAUCAAUAAUAUGCAUAUCCUUGCUUCAGGUCCUGUGCUACAGGCAGUUUAGAUUUGGGUGUGUCAUUUUAGGUGAAAAAAAUAAUAAAAUAAAAAUGGGUCAGAUCCUUGGUUUUUAUUGUGAGAGGCUCAGCGACGUUAAGAUUUUGAAAGUUGUGUAGUGUACACCCGCCUUAACCAACAUUAAGAUCACUUAACAUGGUCGGAAAGCUGCGGACUUCCUCCUAGCUGAUCUCGAAUAUGGCCACCAUAGUUAGAAUUCCUAGUUUGGUCGGGGGAUAUUUCUUGUGGCCAGCCUGUAACAGGAGGGAGGGGCUAUGUGGUUGACAUAGUGAAAGUUGACUGCUGUGACAUGACCAAUAGAAACUGUUUAACUAUAUUGCGCACAUCUAUCAUUACAAUUGAUAAUACUUUUGAUAUUCGCUUGUAUUGUUUUAAUAUUUGAUAAAGGAUUGUUUUUGGAAACGUCA